CCGUCCUCACCGUCCGCACACAUCCCGUCUCCCAGCAUGGCCGAAGACACCCCACUCCCGGUUCCCAACCUCAAGGUCCCCCAAUACAUCUACAUCCUCAAUCAGCCCUCGCUUGCGUCACGGCACAAGGACACGCUCGCCUCCCUCCUCGACGCCAUCAAGGAGGAUGAGAUGGGCCCCUUCUACGAGAUGAUCACCGGGCUGCAUCCCGCGAAGAUUCCGCAGGACACAGCCCUGCUUAAAUCCCUGCAAGAGAAGAACGCCGCGCGGCUCGCCGAGCUCGACACGAAGCUCGCGGAGGCGCAGAAGACGGAGGGCGAGACGGAGGUCGCGGACCUCAUCAAGGAGCGCGCGUACUAUCUCACGCGCAUCGGGGAGGACAAGGACAAGGUGGUGCGCGCGCUCGAGGAGGCGCUCGAGAAGACGAGCGGCGCGGGGAGCAAGAUUGAUCUCGUGCUCACGCUCGUCCGCAUCGCGUUCUUCUACGGCGACUUUGGGAUGAUCGAGAAGGAGCUGAAGAGAUCGGACGAGCUCAUUCAGAAGGGCGGCGACUGGGACCGCCUCAAUCGCUUGAAGGUCUACCGCGCGCUGCAUCUCAUCUCCAUCCGACAAUUCAGCAAGGCCGCGGAGCUGUUCAUCGACGCUCUCAGCACAUUCACCGCGACCGAGCUGCUCGACUACAAGCAGUUCGUCGAGUUCACCAUCAUCAGCGGCGUCGUCAGCUUGAACCGAGUAGAUCUCAAGAAGAAGAUCCUCGCUGCGCCAGAAAUCAUCCAGCUACUGCCCGAGCUGCCUGUACUCUCGAACUUGAUCACGAACCUUUACGACUGCCACUACGACCAGUUCUUCCUUGCGCUUGCCGCCCUCCCCGACUCAACACUGCUCCCCUCAUUGCCUUUGUCCCCACAUUCCGCCUACAUCGUACGCGAGUUGCGCAUCAAGGCAUACAACCAGCUUCUCGCCAGCUACGCGAGCCUGUCACUCGAUGCAUUGGCGCAAGCAUUCGGCGUGAGCAAGGGUUGGGUCGAGACCGACCUGGCACGAUUCACCUCCACCGCGCGCAUACACUGCACGAUCGACUCCGUGAACGGGAUUGUGUCGACAACACGGCCGUCGGUGUUGACCUCGCAGUUUGAGCAGGUUAUCAAGGUGGGAGAUGGUGUAUUGGAUGGCGUCGGCCGGUUGGGACGUGGCUUGUAUUGAUUGGCCGUAAUCCCCUUUGUUUGCGUACCGGCGUCAUUGGGACAUGAUGAAUGAAAGUGUACUUCACGUCCGUGUUGCAGCGAUAGUGUGAAAGUAUCGGUACUUGAUCGACCGGACAUCCGAGAAGUCGCGGCGAAAGCCUUGGAGGGUGGCGGAGAGAUGGCGCGCCGAGACGAGAUCGGACAGUG